UCCUGCAAAUCCAAAGCACUUUUAUUUACACAAGUCUAUAAACCCUAGUUAUUCAAAAAAAAAGUCUAUAAACCCUAAAAUAAGAACUCCAACCAACCUCUAUUUGAUUUCGACUUUUAGCUCAUCUUAUUCAUUGAUUUAAAUUCAUUCAUUCUCCCCCAAUUUACUAGUUCAACUGAGAAAUCAGCAAAAGUUUUAGCUUAAAAUUCCCCCAUUAUGAUAUGCCAUGACUAUGGAUUUCAUUGAAAUUCAAACCACAAAUUAUCAGCAAUGUUAUUUUAUCUUCGCAAUUUCUUUGGCGUUGUUGGUCGCAGAUAUUUUCUUUACAAUCAUAUAGGUGCGUCGAGAGGAACCCUAAAUAGUAUGCCUUUUCAAUGCAAUUUGAUAAUCUGUGUCACGAGUUUUCUCUUUAACUUUAGAUAUCCAUAUAGCAGUGAAAUGAAUUCUGUUUGUUUAAAUAACUUUUAUGAUCGAGAUUCUAUGAAAAGAUUAGUUCUUGAAGAGAAAUGGGAUGAUGAUAGGAUAAAUAAUUUGUUUGAUUCUGUACUAGCUCCAAUUUUUGUUUCUAGGGUUUUGAUUGUAUUGAAAGAGGACCCUAAAGUUAUGGUUAAAUUCUUUCGUUGGGCAAAAAUGCGUAUUGGAUUUAAGCAUUCUACUGAAUCUUAUUGCAUUGUGAUCCACAUUGUAUUCUUUAAUAGAAUGUAUAAUGAUGCUCGUUUACUUUUUAAAGAGAUGAUUUUGUCGGCCUCCGGUUGGCCUGGUUUUGAUUUGUUUGAUGCAUUGUGGUUGACGAGGAAUGUUUGUGCUACUGGUUUUGGGGUGUUUGAUGCGUUUUUUAGUGUGUUGAUUGAACUAGGAAUGAUUGACGAGGCAACUCACUGUUUUAAUAGAAUGAAGAAACAUAGGGUCCUUCCGAAGGUUCGUUCAUGUAAUAAUCUUCUAAGAAGGCUUUGUGAGUCGGGAAGAGGUGAAAUGUCGAGGAAAAUUUUUAAUGAUAUGAUUGGGGUUGGGAUGUCCCCGUCAGUGUUUACUUAUAACAUAUUGAUAUAUGAUAGAUGCAAAGAAAGAGAUUUAGUAGGAGCGUUGGCAUUGUUUCGUAUGAUGAAGAAGAGUGGCUUAUUACCGGAUAUUGUUACUUACAAUACCCUGAUUGAUGGGCUGGGAAAACUUGGAUUGUUAGAUGAAACAAUAAAUCUGUAUUUAGAGAUGAGGGAAGUAGGUUGUAGUCCUGAUGUAAUAACUUUUAAUACAUUGAUUAAUUGCUUUUGUAAAUAUGAAAAGUUGCCUCAAGCUUUUGAAUUUUUUCAUCAGAUGAAAAGUGAUGGUUUAAAGCCUACUGUUGUAACAUAUAGCACAUUAAUUGAUUCCUUUUGUAAAGAAGGAAUGGUGCGAGAAGCUAUGAAGUUUUUUGUAGACAUGAGACGUCUUGGGUUAUCUCCAAACGAAUAUACUUAUACAUCUUUGGUUGACGCGUAUUGUAAGAGUGGAAACCUUGGUGAAUCUUUGAAAAUGUUGAAGGAGAUGUUAGAGGCAGGGCUUGACUUAAAUGUUGUUAUUUGUACAGCUCUGAUGGAUGGCCUUUGUGAGAGAGGGAGGAUGGAAGAAGCUGAGGAGUUGUUUGAUAAUAUGCAGAAAGCUGGUAUAAUACCAAACCAAAAAACCUACACCACGUUUAUUCAUGGCUGCAUUAAAGCUGGUAAGAUGGAAAUAGCAAAAGAGACAUUACAAGCAAUGAAAAAGAAAGAGUUAAAGGCGGAUGAGACCUUAUAUGGAACCCUUGUUUGGGGACUUUGCAAUGAAGGAAAAGUUGAAGAAGCGAAAGGUUUAGUAAUGGAGAUGAGACAAAUUGGUCUUCAGGUAAAUGUUUUUUUCUUUACGACAUUGAUAAAUGCUUAUUUAAAAGCUGGGAAUGCCAUAGAAGCUCUUUCACUGUUUCAGAAAAUGCUAGAGUUUAAUAUCCUUCCUACGCAUGUAACAUUUAUAGUGUUAAUUGAUGGUCUCUGCAAAUUGGGACUGAUCAAGGAUGCAGUUGACUAUCUUCAUAGAAUGAAAGUUAUGGGUUUACCUCUUCAUAUUUCUGUCUAUACAUCCCUAAUUGAAGCUCAUUGUAAAAAUAAUUGUAUCGAAAUGGCAAGAAAACUUUUUGAUGAAAUGCAAGGAGAGGGGAUAAUUCCAGAUGGACCUGUUUUCACAGCUUUGAUUGAUGGAAACUUGAAGCAUGGAAAUGUUGAGGAAGUCUUUAACUUAUACAGAAGAAUGAUCGGUUUUGGUUUGCAGCUGGAUUUGUUUGCUUGUACGUCUUUAAUGCAGGCUUAUUUUAAAGCAGGGGACGUCAAGGGUGCCCUUAAUCUUUUUCAGGAAAUGCAGGACUUGGGUAUUGGUCCCACACUUGUCACUUAUACUGUGUUGAUUGAUGGUAUGUGUAAAUCAGGAUUCGUCCAGGAAGCACUGGAGCAUUUUCGUAGGAUGGAUGGAACGGGUUUGUCCCCGAAUGUUAUCAUAUAUACAGCUUUAAUAAAUGGUUUUUGUAAAAGUGGCUGCCUGGAGAUGGCCACUGAGCUUUUUAAGGAAAUGCAAGCUAAGGGUUUGAUUCCUGAUGUGGCUGCUUUUACAGCUAUAAUCUCUGGCAAUUUGAAGCUUGGUAGCAUUGAAGAAGCAUUUAAGUUAAAGAACAAGAUGAUUGAUAUGGGUUUGGAGCUUGAUUUGUGGGCUUACACUUGUUUGAUUCAGGUGCUUGCUGAAUCUAAUCAACUUGAAGAAGCAAGAAUUUUAUUUGAUGAAAUGGUCAGAAAGGGUAUUCGUCCAGACAAAGUUAUAUAUGGUGUGCUUGUAAAAAGAUAUUGCAACCAGGGAAAGGCUGAUGAGGCUGUUAAAUUGCAGAAUGAUUUGGUCACCACUGGAUUAUUGACUAGAGUUGAUAAUCUUGCUGCCCGUGGUGCAGACUAAUAGUAAGGAAUUUAUUGCCAUCCUUGCUUCAACUAUUUUGUUCAAGAAUUCACAGCCCUUGAAUUGGAGUGAUUCUAGUCAGCAUGAGCAAAUUUUUUGUUCUGCUUCGUCUGGAUCCUGGAAGGACAUUAGAUUGGUCAUUUUUCAUCUUGGAGUCUUCUAGACUUUGCUUGCAGGUUCCCUUAAAGAAUCAAGGUUGCUCCACAACUCUUAAUACUCCAAGGACAAAGGAUGCUCCGCAGCCUUUGGAUGAAGUUUGCAAACAAACUUCAGAGAAAACAGAAACAACUUUUCUGAAUUACCUCUUGUAUUACUAAUGAAUGAUCAAAACUCAAAGUUGUUUUUACACCAAUGAGACUCUCCUUAUAUAGAGAUCUCAACUAACAUAACGGCUAUAAUGUCACACGCCUAAUUAAAAAGCACGUGCUAAUACAUGGACGCUUAAAACAGAAUACAGAAAACAAUAAACACACGGACAAAUUCUGAUUCUGGAAAACUGUCGACCAGCCCUCCUUCAGCACAGAUUCUAGGAUUCCACGUGGACUGUUAGCAUGGUGCUAGGCCCUUGAUGGCUUGGCCCGUGUGGGAAGAUGACGUCCCAGGCUUUAUCAGGGUCCAGAUGAUCCAGGUCUGAACUCAGGAGACUCAGCAAGGUCUGCUGGUUGCCAGACUGCUCUGUAUCCUUGAUGCUGCUGUCUGUUUGACUUUUCAUGUCCAUUCUGCUUUUCUUUGAUGAUUGCUUGGCUUCCUUGAAUCCAUUCUGUGUUCUUGGGCCUAAUCUCAACUCUUGGGAAGCAUCAAGGGUUGGCGUUUGUCCUUCAUGAGCAUUUGGCGUAGAUGUAAAGUCAGAAGCACUGUUUUGUUCUUGCACACUGUCUAACAUAUACGCAUUCAGCUUUUUCCUCUUUAAAGACAAUGCCCAGAGGAAACUGCAUACAGAAGAUCUUCUACAAAUACUUGGACAAGAUGUUAAACACUAGGAAGCUCCUAGACAUGACGAUUUCUUGCAUCAGAGACUUGUAUCAACACUUCAAACUACCUAUCUGGAUGAAACAAGUCAACUAGAUAAGAAUGAGAUUUUUAGGUGAUAGAGAUGGGCAAUGGCUACUUCCUAUGCCAGUUGCCAGUGAAGCGAACACUCUGAGCUUAUAAAGUCACCUAUCAAAGGCUGUAAGAUGAGUUAGAUGGUUUACUUCCAGAAGACAGUAUGUAUUGCACAUUUGUACAUUGGAUUUUGUUUAGAAGAAGAUUCACAGAUUAAAUUGCUGUAGUAUGUCCUUCAAGUUGCAGGCUCGCAGGUUCAGAGGACUCGACAGCUUUGUCAUUUAAGCACAAAAGUUUCUUUAAGAUUGUAUUGAUGGAAUUGUGAUGGAACAUGUAUCUGUGCUUAUCUCAAUAAACAUUUAUAUGUGCAA